GUUCCUGUUAGCGAGAAAUAAAAAUAAAACUCACCCGGACCUCGGAAUGGACCCCUCGGAAAGUCCCACAACCAAUCGGCGGAAGGCCAAGCUGAUAUUCGGCCUGAGGGGGAAGAAGAAGAAGAAGGUCGACACAAGUCUGAUCCUGGCAAACAAGGGAGCCGGGGAGGUGGAGGUGCCCUCUGAAGAGUCUGCCCUGCUGGAGGAAGAGAACCCCGAGGACCAACCAUUACCCUCCUCAGUCAGAACCAGAAUAAAAACAAACAAUAAAAGGGCCAAACUGAAGACCUGCAUCCAGGAGAGUGAAGCGAAGCAGCAGAGCUUCCAGAUUGCCGUAAACAUCACGGAGGCCCGGCAGCUGGUGGGAGAAAACAUCGACCCGAGUGUGGUGAUCGAGAUCGGCGAUGAGAAGAAGCAGACGUCGGUCAAAGAAGGGACCAACGCUCCCUUUUACAAUGAGUAUUUCGUGUUUAAUUUCUUUGCCUAUAAAGAAGUCUUUCUGGACAAAGUCAUCAAGCUGACGGUGAUGCACUCCAAAAUGCUGAGGAGUUUCUUUGUUGGGUCCUUUAAGCUGGAUGUGUGGACAGUCUACAACCAGCCAGGUCACCAGUUCACCAAUAAGUGGGCGAUGCUCACCAAUCCUGGUGACAUUAGCACGGGGGUCAGAGGUUACGUCAAGUGUGACAUCAGCGUCACAGCGAAGGGGGAUGCCGUGCAGCCGGGACCCAAAACGAGUGACGCCGACGAGCAGAUAGACAAGAACCUGCUGAUUCCAGAAGGUUACCCCUCCGAGCGGCCCUGGGCUCGCUUCUUCGUGAAGGUGUACCGCGCUGAAGGUCUCCCCCGGAACAACUCCAGCAUCAUGGCCAACGUCACCAAGGCCUUCAUCGGGGACAACACGGCCCUCAUCGACCCCUACGUAGUGGUGGGCUUCUUCAAGCAAGUGGGUCGCACGUCCACUCAGAAGUCCACGGCGGAGCCGGCGUGGAACGAGCAGAUCGUGUUCACGGAGAUGUUUCCCCCUCUGUGCCAGAGGCUGAUGCUCCAGGUCUGGGAUGAGGGAAGCAUGAGCGACGUUGCCAUAGGAACGCAUUACUUUGACCUGAGGCGCAUCUCCAACGAACAGGAUGGCGACAGAGGGUUUUUACCCACUUUCGGUCCCGCGUGGAUCAACCUGUACGGCUCCGUGAGGAACGGCUCGAUCGGCGACGACGCGGUGGAGCUCAACGAGGGCUUCGGAGAGGGCGUGGCCUACAGGGGUCGCGUCUACAUGGAGCUGGCGGUGGAGAUCCUCUCGGGCGGCUCGGGUUCGGAGUCCAAAAUCGGCAAGAUGAUGAAGCCGUUGAAGGACGCCAAAGCGGGAAAAGGUGGAGGGAAGGACGGAAAGACUCCCGCGGGAGGAGGAGCAGGAGGAGCCGCCGACGAUGACAAAGGGAAAGCUGUGGUGCCAGAGGUCAUGCCUGUGGAGUCUCCUCCUGUGCUGAAUCCGAACAACAACGAGAACUUUCUGCUCUUCGGGGCGGUGUUCGAAGCCAGCAUGAUUGACAGGAAGAUCGGAGACAAGCCAAUCAGCUUCGAGUUCUCCAUGGGUAACUGGGGUAACGUCUUGGAGCCUCCAGAGAAACCCUCCAUGCCCAUCACCAGUCCGGCUCCCAGGAGAAGAAGAGCGCUGGAGGUCCCGGACGGCGGCGACAUCCCCGGCUCCUCCAUCCUCAGCACCUCGCCGUCCACCUCGCUGUCCCCGCUCCUCCCCCGAGAGCCUCCGGACACGCCCUCGACCUCCAAGUCCACCACGCCGCCGCAGAAGCCGCUCAUCGUGGACGGGAACAAGCACUACAUGUACCUCCCCCUGGAGAAGCAGAAGCCGUGCAUCAGUGUUCUGAGUCAGUGGGAGAACAGAACCUACCGCCUCCACACCUCCAACAUCCUGGACAACAUGGCCCGGCUGUUUGAGGAGGGUGUCGCCGGUGCAGCUGAGCUACUCAGGCAGACGGAUCCGGAGGCGGAGCUUAUGCUAAAAAUUGUCCUCGAAGAAUUCUGUAUUGAUGCCAGGAUUCUAACGGCGGCGGCGGAGGCCAAGUUGAAGGCGGAGCUAAAGUCAACCUACCUGACCCAGCUGGACAGGAAACGCCUCACCCUGUGCAAACAGGAACUGGAGAGUAUGAUAGCAGAGGCCCAGUCCAUGGUAAGGAGGAAGAGAAAAGCUGGCGGUGAGAAAGAAAUGCUGCAGCACGCAAUCAAACUCACACAGAGGCUCUGCUUCCUUGUGGAGGAGCCCCAGCACACGGUGCCCGACGUGUUUGUGUGGUUGCUAAGCAACAACAAGCGCGUGGCGUACGCUCGGCUGCGGGCCAGAGACCUGCUGUACGCCGACAGCCUGGAGUCCCGAGGAAUCCUCUGUGGCAAGAUAAUAACACUGUUUCUAAAGCCUCCGGGGAAGCGCGCCGCCGACCUGUCGGUCCAAGCGAAGCUGGACGUGUACCUGUGGUACGGGAGCUGCUUCGACGCCGACCACAUGCUGGACGACCUCCCCGCGGGGCUCCGUCUGGCCACCGGGGGCGCCGACGCCAACUGCCCCCCGACGGGCCUCCUCUGUGCAGAGCAGCAGACGUUCCAGCUGCGCUGCCACAUGUAUCAGGCCCGCGGGCUCAUCGCGGCCGACACCACCGGCCUGUCGGACCCUUUUGCCCGAGUCACCUGUCUGUCACACAGCCAGACCACCAACGUGAUCAGUCAGACUCUCAGCCCCACGUGGAACCAGUGUUUGCUCAUGGGCCGCCUGCCGCUGGGCGGGGAUCUGCAGCACAUCCAGCAGGAGCCGCCGCGCAUCCUCAUCGAGGUGUACGACGAAGACGCGCUGGGUAAGGCGGAGUACCUGGGCUCCACGGUGGCGGUGCCCGAGGUCCGCUUGACCUCCGACCCCUACGCCCCCCCGACCCUGCAGUACAGCCCGCUGCACUGCGGCAGCCAGCCGGGGGGAGACCUGCUGGCCGCCUUUGAGCUGCUGCAGAUCCAGGAGGACGGAGACGACGAGCGUCUGCCGGCGCUGGAGAAACAGGAAGGAGGAUUCUACACGGUUCCUGCCAACAUCAGACCCGUACUCAGCACCUACACACUGGAGGUGUUAUUCUGGGGUCUGAGGGAGCUGAAGAAGGUUCAGCUGCUGUCUGUUGAUCGCCCACAGGUGUUCAUCGAGUGUGCCGGUAAGACUCUGCGUUCCUCCGUCAUCCAGAAGUACAAGUCCAACCCCAACUUCACCACGCUGGUGGACGCCAUCGAGCUGGAGCUACCUGAGAACGAGCAGCUCCUCCCCCCCCUCAGCAUCACCGUGGUGGACUGGCGGGCGUUCGGUCGCAGCACGUUGGUCGGAAACCACAUCAUCAACAACCUCAAGGCCUUCAAAUACACUCCGCCUCCGGCGCCGCCCGCCGCCAUGCGCAGGGGCGGGGUCACGGACGAGGGGCCCGGACCUUCCACGGCCCAGGCCCCGCCCCCAGAGCCACAGAGCACUGAGGGCCCAUCCCAGUCCACCGGAGACGCCGGUUCGGCCACACCGCCGACGAAUCCAGAUUUCCUCAUCACCGUGGAUGAAGCCCCGUCUCCUCCUCCACCUCUAGCCCCGCCCACACCGGACGAACCCAGGAAGAAGAGGGUGAAAGCUGCCGACACCAAGGAGAAGAGCACCCGCGGGCGCUCCACGAAGAGGAAGAAGAGGACCAUCGCCGACGAAUCGGCCGAGUCCGUCAUCGACUGGUGGUCCAAGUACUACGCCUCUGUGGAGAAACAGGCCAAACUGGACGAGUCUCCGUUCCCCGAGGUCUUUGAGAAAUCGUUGCCAUUCCAGGGCUUGCUCAGCGAUGGAAUAUCCUCCCUAGUCGAUCCAGACAAGAAGAAGAAGGAACCCAAAGGAAAAGGAACCGUGGAACCAAAUCUCGGUCUGCAGCCCAAAUUAGCCACACUCAAGCUGUACAACAAGGAGCUGGAGGCGGAGUUUGGCCUCUUCAAUGAUUGGGUGAACACGUACGAGCUGUUCCGGGGGAAGGCCAACGAGGACGAGUCGGAGGAGAGGUUCGUCGGCAAGUUCAAGGGACGGUUCUGCCUCCACAAGCUGUGCGAGGACGACGACCGGGACGACGACGGCAGCUUCAGGGUCACCCGGGGGAUCCCGCCCAACGGGCCGGUCCAAGUCCUGGUCCGGGUUUACAUCAUCUCGGCGUCCAAUCUGCACCCUGCCGACCCGGAUGGGAAGGCGGACCCUUACAUCGUCCUCCGGCUCGGCAAGAACGAAAUCAAAGACCGGGACAACUACAUCCCCAAGCAGCUGAACCCCGUGUUUGGAAGAUCUUUCGAGAUGCACGCGUCGUUCCCUCUGGAGUCGCUGCUGUCGGUGGUGAUCUACGACUACGACUUGGUGGGCGGCGACGACCUAAUCGGAGAGACCCGCAUCGACCUGGAGAACCGGUUCUACAGCCGGCACCGGGCCGCCUGCGGACUCCCCACGGAGUACAGCCUCGACGGCUACAACGCCUGGAGGGACGGCCUGAAGCCGUCGGAGCUGCUGUCCAAGCUGUGCAGAGACAGCGGGCUGGACGAGCCGCGCUUCGGCCCGGGCCGCAUCACGCUGGGCGACAAGGUGUUCGUGGGGAAGACGUGCUUCAUGCAGGAAGACGAGCCUCUGGAGACCUACGAGCCGCUGGCCCUGAAGGUUCUGCACCGCUGGGCCGAGAUCCCGGCUGUGGGCUGCAAGCUGGUGCCGGAGCACAUCGAGACCAGAACUCUGUACCACAAGGCCCGGCCCGGCCUGGACCAGGGUCAGGUCCAGAUGUGGGUGGACAUGUUCCCCAUGGACUCUCCUCAACCGGCCCCUUCGGUGGACAUCGCUCCCCGCAAACCAAAAGGGUACGAGCUGCGUGUCGUCAUCUGGAACACGGAGGACGUGAUCCUGGAGGACAGCAGCUUCCUGACCGGUCAGCCGUCCAGCGACAUCUACGUCAAAGGCUGGCUGAAGGGCCUGGAGGACGACCGCCAGGAGACGGACGUCCACUACAACUCUCUGACCGGCGAGGGCAACUUCAACUGGCGCUUCGUGUUCCCCUUCAGCUACCUGCCCGCCGAGAAGGUACGCACACGGGGGGGGAGGGGCUCCAUCUACCCCCCCCCCCUCUCUCUCUCUCUCUCUCCCCCCCAGGUGAUCGUGGUCUCUAAGAAGGAGCACAUCUUCUCCCUGGACCGGGCGGAGCAGAAGCUCCCGGCGGUCCUCAGCCUGCAGGUCUGGGACUUCGACACGCUCUCCUCCGACGACUUCCUGGGCACGGUGGAGUUCGACCUCCACGGCUUCCCGCGCGGGGCGAAGGCGGCGAAGUCGUGCAAGGCGGACAUGAUGAGCGCGGCGGGCGUGACGGAGAAGAUCUCCAUCUUCCAGCAGAAGAGGGCGAGAGGGUGGUGGCCCUUCAGCAAGGGAGGAGAGCUGACGGGGAAAGUGGAGGCGGAGUUUCAUCUGGUGGUCGCCGAGGAGGCGGAGAAGAACCCCGUCGGCCGAGCCCGCAAGGAGCCGGAGCCGCUGCCCAAGCCCAACCGCCCCGACACCUCCUUCUCGUGGUUCAUCAACCCCUUCAAGUGCUUCCUCCACUUGGUGUGGCGGAGCUACAAGAAGUACAUCAUAGUGGGGCUGCUGCUCCUCCUCACCGCGCUCUUCCUCGCCCUCCUCUUCUACACGCUGCCCGCCGCCCUGUCGCAGAGGAUCGUCAACGGCUGACUCCGCCCCUUUCCCCCGUGCACAUUAAAAAUGACGUGCACGGGAGGAUUGACUUUGUUUUUAUUUAAUGCAUUGAGUUCAGUCGAAGUGGAACAAAGGAAUACAAUUAUGAAUGAGGUCAAUGAAAAGUGUUUUAUUGUAUUUAUAUAUCUUCCAAUGAAGUAUAUACUAUAUAUAUAGUAUAUACUAUAUACUAUAUGUAUAUACAUAUAUACAAUACAUAAUCAUAUAUAUAUGUAUAUAAUUAUAAAUAUGAUUGUAAUGAUUCCGGGUCCCUUCAAUACAAAAGUUCUUUUUAAUUCACUUAUUUUAAUGUUUCACACAGACGGAAGUUUUUCAACGCGCUGCAGAACCGUCUGAAGAUACUUACACUAGUAUUUUAGGAAGUCGAGCUUUGUUAAAAUAAAACACGAUUCUGAAGUGUU